AUGAUAUUAACAACAACAAUUUUACAACAGCAUGAUUUAAUCAUUAGUAUUAAGUUUCGCAACGAUUAUGUACGUUUGCUUAACACAGUCGCUUACCUGCUGCGUUUUAUAUAUAAUUGUGAAUUUAAGGCUAAAAGAAAAUACGGUUCAUUGGAUGCUACAGAACUUGACGCAUCUCGACUAAAAAUUAUCAAAUACAUAGAAAUCAUUUCUUUUCAUGCUGCAAUUGCAGCUGUACAAAAGGGUUCUAACCUUAAUGGCAAAAGUCAUAAACAUUCUUUAUCACCAUUCCUAAGAGUGGGUGGCCGAUUAAGAAACUCACGCUACUCUCAUAAAAUUAAUCAUCAUGUUGGCCCACAAACAUUACUAAGCAUAAUUCGUCAAUUUUAUUGGCCAAUCCAUGGCAAGGUUAUCUGUCGAUCUAUACGUCGAAGUUGUGUCUUAUGCUUUUGGACUAAUCCAACUAAACAGAACCAUCUUAUGGGCGAUUUACCUGAUUUACGAGUUCAAGAAUCAAGACCGUUUAAUGUAGUAGGUGUCGAUUUUUGUGGUCCAUUUGAAAUAUAUUAUGGCAAACGUGGUAUUGUUUCUACAAAAGGCUAUAUAUCUGUUUUCAUAUGUUUUUGCACAAAGGCCAUACAUUUAGAGUUGGUAGAAGAUUUAGCUGCUCAACCUUUCUUAGCUGCUUUACGGCGUUUCAUUGGGCGACGUGGCCUAUGCUCAACCAUUUACAGUGACAAUGCAACUAAUUUUAUUGAUGCAAAAAAAGAGUUGCACGAACUUUACAAAAUGUUUAAAAGUACAGAUAUUAUACUUAAUGAAUGUGCUUCACGUGGCAUAAUUUGGAAAACCAUACCUCCACGCUCUCCGCAUUUUGGUGGCCUUUGGGAGGCUGCAGUGAAGUCCACUAAAUUUCAUCUAAAAAGGAUACUACACGAUGCGAAAUUUAACUUUUUUGAAUUCAACACACCUUUAAUACAAAUUGAAGCGGUAUUAAAUUCAAUACCAAUCACUACCGCGCCUGAGAGUCCAAAUGACGAACCAGCUCUAACCCCUGGUCAUUUUAUUAUUGGCUCUGCUUUAAAAACCAUACUUGAUCCCGACUUAAGAGAUGUCAACAACGUAAGCCAUUUACGGUGUUAUCAAAGAUUGCAAUAUUAUCUGCAACAGUUUUGGGAUAGAUGGUCUAACGAUUAUUUACAAACGUUGCAAAAUCGAACCAAGUGGACAAAAGGUCGUAUGUCAUUAGCGGUUGGGGACGAUUUUGUUGUAGAGAAAGACAAUCUUCCUCCUCAAAAAUGGCGCCUGGGUCGUGAUACUGAAAUUCAUUCUGGCAAUGACGGGGUUGUGCGGAUUAUCACUGUUAAAACCUCCAGUAGCGAAAUACCUAGAACUUCUACUAAGGUUCGACGUCUACCUAUUGAACGGACCGAGUCCAUUCAAGGGGGCCGGCAUGUUCAGACGAAAUCGUGA